UGUAAAGCCCUAUUCAACGCAAAUUCUAUCUCUCUCUCUCUCUCAUUUUUCUCUCUUUAAGAGGUGUAUAUUCCCAUGAUUUUCCUAAUGCCGUUUGCUUUCUUUCACUACUAAAUUGUAAGACCAUAUCUUCGAGUAGAAUCCACUUCUUCUCCUAUAAAUACCCCAACACUUUCUAGCUCUCAAAACAUCACCAAGCUAUCAGCUGCGUAUCACCAAUAUUGUCAAUAGCUCUUGUUGAAAGGCUUUAGCUUAAUUUCCAUAGUCUUGCUCGCUUGCCAAGUUCAGCAUUAUGUCAGAUAAGCACCACCAAGAGAAUGAAAGUGAGAAAAAUGUUGCCGAAGAAUCAAAUGGUUGUGGGAUGUUUGAUUUCUUGAAAAGGAAAGAAAACGAGAAAUCUGAGAAACCCCAACAUGACAAAGAUACGGGCAUGGCAGAUGUCCAACAGUCAUAUGGCGAUGACUCUAGCUCGUCUAGUAGUGACGAAGAAGGAGAGUCUGGGGAGAAGAAGAAGAAGAAGAAGGGGAUAAAGGACAAGAUCAAAGACAAGAUGUCAGGUAAAAAGGAAGAUCAUCAUGAGGAUCCUCAGCAUGCAACUACUCCAGCUGAGAAAACCUGUGACAAUGCACACGUGGAAGUGACUCACCCAGAGGAAAAGGGAUUUAUAGAGAAGAUCAAAGACAAGCUUCCCGGACAGCACAAGAAACCUGAAGAUAGUGCUUCUGUAGAAUGUGCUGCUCAUGGACGUUCCCCAGAAGGUGAGAAAAAAGGAAUCUUGGAGAAGAUCAAAGAGAAACUGCCCGUUGGUCAUAAGAACGAAGAGAAAAAGCAUGAAAACUGAAAAUGCAAUUCGAUUGAAUAAAAAGUGUCAAUCUUGGCAGCCUAUAUGUUUGCUUGUUUUGUAAUUUCAUGUCCUAUGUAAUUUUCUUGUCCUUGUA